UGCCCGAAGACUUUUCUCUGCGCUUGGCUGGGCGGGGAGCCCAGCCCUCCAGACGGCCUCUGGCGAGCGGAGCGGUUCUCGGGUCCCUCUGCUGUCCCCGAGCAGUUACAACUCCCCAGCAGGCGCAGAAUGGGGCCGGGAGCCGUAGGGACCCCGCUGCGGCGGCUGGUGCUGCUGUUCGUUCAAGGCAUUUUAAACUGCUGUACAGCCUACAACGUCGGUCUCCCGGGAGCGAAGAUAUUCUCCGGUCCUUCGAGCGAACAGUUCGGUUACACGGUGCAGCAGUUUAUCAACCCGACGGGCAGCUGGUUGCUGGUCGGGUCCCCUUGGGGCGGCUUCCCUGAGAACCGGAUGGGAGACGUGUACCGAUGUCCUGUCGGUCAGCCCGCUGCGACCUGUGAAAAGCUCAAUUUGCAAACUUCCAUAAGCAUCCCCAAUGUCACCGAGAUGAAAACCAACAUGAGCCUCGGCCUGACGCUCACCAGGAACGUGGGCACCGGAGGAUUUCUCACGUGCGGCCCCCUGUUUGCGCAGCAGUGCGGGAGCCAGUAUUACACAACAGGCGUGUGCUCCGACAUCAGCCCCGACUUCCAGCACUUGGCCAGCUUCUCCCCGGCCGUGCAGACCUGCACAUCCUACAUAGAUGUCGUGGUGGUGUGUGACGAGUCGAACAGCAUCUACCCCUGGGAGGCGGUGAAGAACUUCCUGGAAAAGUUCGUGCAGGGCCUGGACAUAGGUCCCACAAAGACGCAGGUGGCGCUAAUUCAGUAUGCCAACAAGCCAAGAGUCGUGUUUAACCUGAACACUUUUAAAUCCAAAGCCAAAAUGAUAGCAGCAACAUCGCAGACGUUCCAGAAUGGUGGGGACCUCACAAAUACCUUCAAAGCAAUUAAAUAUGCAAGGGACUUCGCUUACACGCCGGAGGCAGGGGGACGGCCAGGCGCGACCAGGGUCAUGGUGGUCGUGACCGACGGGGAGUCGCAUGACGGCUCCAUGUUGAAAGACGUCAUCGAGCAGUGUAACGAGUACAACAUCCUGAGGUUCGGCAUAGCAGUUCUAGGGUACCUAAACAGAAAUGCCCUUGAUACGAAAAACUUAAUAAAAGAAAUUAAAGCCAUUGCCAGCAUUCCAACUGAAAGAUACUUCUUCAAUGUGUCCGACGAGGCAGGCCUACUGGAGAAGGCCGCAACGAUAGGAGAGCACAUUUUCAGCAUCGAAGGCACUGUUCAAGGAGGAGAUAAGUUCCAGAUGGAAAUGUCACAAGUGGGAUUCAGCGCAGACUACGCUCCUGAAAACGAUGUUCUGAUGCUGGGUGCCGUCGGCGCCUACGACUGGAGCGGAACCGUGGUUCAGCAGAUGCCUCACAGGCGUCUGAUCUUCCCCAAGGAAGCCUUCGAGGAGAUUCUGCAGGAUAGAAACCACAGCUCCUACCUAGGUUACUCUGUGGCCGCCAUCUCUACUGGAAAGGGGGUCCGCUUUGUCGCGGGUGCUCCUCGGGCAAAUUACACCGGCCAGAUAGUGCUGUACCGUGUCAGCGAGAGCGGCAACGUCACCGUUGUUCAGGCUCACAGAGGCGACCAGAUCGGCUCCUACUUCGGCAGCGUGCUGUGUGCGGUCGACGUGGAUGGAGACGGCGUGACGGAUGUGCUCCUGGUGGGGGCGCCCACGUACAUGAACGACCUGAAGAAGGAGGAAGGGCGGGUCUACCUGUUUACCAUCACGAAGGGUGUUUUGAAUUGGCACCAGCUUCUGGAAGGCCCCGAGGGCGUUGAAAAUGCUCGGUUCGGCUCGGCCAUCGCGGCUCUCUCGGAUGUCAACAUGGACGGCCUUAACGAUGUGAUUGUCGGGGCGCCCCUGGAAAACCACAACUCCGGGGCCGUGUACAUCUACAAUGGCCACGAGGGCACCAUCCGCACGAAGUGCUCCCAGAAAAUCCUGGGAUCCGACAGAGCCUUCCGGAGCCCUCUGCAGUUCUUCGGCAGGUCCUUGGACGGCCACGGAGAUCUCAAUGGGGACUCCAUCACCGACGUGUCCGUGGGCGCCUUCGGGCGCGUGGUUCAGCUCUGGUCGCAGAGUAUCGCUGAUGUGUCUAUAGAUGCCUCAUUCACACCAGAGAAAAUCUCCUUGUCCAACAAGAACGCCGAGGUGCACCUGGGGCUCUGCUUCAGCGCCAAGUUCAGGCCCCCUGAGCAGGACAGCCAAGUGGUCAUUACGUAUAACGUCACAAUUGACGCAGACCUGUACUCGUCCAGAGUCACCUCCAGGGGCUUGUUCAAGGAAAACAAUGAGAGGACCCUGCAGAAGAACGUGGUCAUCCGUCAAGCACAGACUUGCUCCACCUUCAUCAUCAACAUACAGGAGCCCUCGGACAUCAUCAGCCCCUUGGACCUGUGCGUGAACAUCAGCCUGGCAGCCCCGGGCUCCAGCCCCGCCCUCGAAGCCUACUCCGAGACCGCCAAGGUCUUCAGCGUCCCUUUCUAUAAGGACUGCGGAGAGGACGGACUGUGCAUCUCCGACCUAGUGCUCACGGUCCAACAGGUGCCAGCUGCUCAAGGACAACCCUUCAUUGUCAGCAACCAAAACAGAAGGCUGACCUUCUCGGUGAUGCUGAAGAACGAGAAGGAGAGCGCCUACAACACCAGGCUGGCGGUGGACUUCUCAGAGAACUUGUUCUUUGCGUCCAUGUCCAUGCCGGGGGAUGGGACAGAAGUCACGUGCCAGGUUGCGUCCUCUCAGAAGUCUGUGGCCUGCGACGUAGGCUACCCUGCGUUGAAGCGGGACCAGCAGGUGACAUUUACUGUCAACUUUGACUUCAAUCUGCAAAACCUUCAGAAUCAGGCGGCCGUCAGUUUCGAAGCCUUAAGCGAAAGCGACGAGGCAAACGCGGCGGACAAUUCAGUCGGCUUCCAAAUCCCUCUGCUGUACGAUGCCGACAUUCACAUAACGAGGUCGACCAACAUAAAUUUUUAUGAAGUGUCGCCAGAUGGGAACGUCCCCUCCGUGGUGCGCAGGUUUGAAGAUAUCGGCCCCAGCUUCAACUUCUCCAUUAAGGUGGCCACGGGAAGCAUUCCGGUAAGCAUGGCGUCCGUCACCAUCCACAUCCCCCAGCUCACCCAAGCAAAGAACCCGCUGCUGUACCUGACGGGCAUCCACACCGAUCAGGUUGGCGACAUCAGCUGUGAUGCCAAAGUAAAUCCACUGAAAAUAGGACGGACAUCUUCUCCUGUGUCUUUCAAGAGUGAAAAUUUCCGGCACGUAAAAGAAUUGAACUGCAGGACCGCCUCCUGUCAGAACGUCACCUGCUGGCUGAGGGACCCGCAGGUCAAGGCCGAGUACUUCCUGAACGUGUCCACCAGGAUCUGGAACGGGACUUUCGCUGCAUCGGCUUUCCAGACCAUACAGCUGACGGCCUCUGCGGAAAUCGACACCUACAACCCUCAGGUGUACGUGAUCGAGGACAACGCUGUCACGAUUCCCGUUACGAUCAUGAAACCCCAUGAGAAAGCCGAAGUACCGACUGGAGUUAUAGUAGGAAGUGUAAUUGCUGGAAUCCUGUUGCUAUUAGCUCUGGUUGCAAUUUUAUGGAAGCUCGGCUUCUUCAAAAGAAAAUACGAAAAAAUGGCCAAAAACCCCGAUGAGGUUGACGAGACGACAGAACUCAACAGCUGAUCCCCCGUGAACCUGCCGUGGCCAGGCAGCCUCCCAGCCGGGUCUGCUGUUGGCGCGGAUUUAAAACAAAAUCCCAGUGUUUUGUAAAGCAGUAGGUGAACUGGCCUGACAUUUUAUUUUAAGAAAACUGCAGGUCAGUUUGGAAACAAGGAACUGGGGGUGCGGGUGGGGGUUAUUUUAUACGGAAAGUGAUCUUUAUCUGGCUGGUCCAGAGCUUACGUUCUAAUGUGUGUUGUAUCAGAAAGGUGAAAUGCUCUCAAACCCGACGUGUCUUAAAGAAAAAUGUAACCUUUCUUAGACUUUGGGGGGAAGAGGGGAAAAACUCAACUGUGUAAAAUGAUUGUUUUUAAGCAGCAACAAAAAAGGUCGAUUUGGUAUAGAGAGAUAAUUGCUCGGAUAUUGAUGUUUGGGGGGGGGGAACCCAACAGUCUUGAACCUGCGCUGCUUAAUCAAAGUUGUCGCAGAGUUUGUGGGAAAAUUUUGUUGACGAACUAGGUAAAAUUUGCUAUCUUCACACCCCCACCCCUCCCCCCUGGCUUUCCUGCUGUGAUGGACUUAGGAAAACCUGGAACAGCUGGAGCAAGCCUCCAGCAGGGGGCGUCUCCGGUUCAGUGGGCCCAGGGAGUUGAGAGGCCAAAGCACAGGAAGUUGUGGCAACAUUUAUGGUCCGUAGGAGAGCAGCCCGUACCAGGGGAAGCGGCAGGAGACUUCCUUCCUCCUUUUGGGUUCACACUGGCUGCCCUGGCUGGCUGGCUGGUAGGGACCUUCUGAAUUUUUCAAAGGGGUCACAUCUCUGGCAUGUCACCACCUUCCACACCGAACCCCAGGAGCCCCGUCUUCUAGCAGCUCCCCAGCCUGCCUCCUCUCCAGGGGUCCGCGGUGGCCCACCUUCCUCUACCUGUGUCCAAAUAGCCAUCUCCUUGGGCAGUGGCUCUGCAUCGGGGGUGAGGAGGAAGCACCGUCGGUUCGACUCACACACCCGGUGAACUUGGGGGAGCUCUUUUCAGUGAGUGCUAAACAAGCAGGAGCCACAGCUGCAGUGAAUUUCUAGCGGCUGGAAUGGCGGGCGGCAUGAAGAACGCCGGCUGGGCACUUUGCCAGGAGGUACAGAGACAGGUCGGCGCCCCUGAACUAGCCAGAGCGCCUCUGUGCUGUCCCCUUCUGGGGACCUGAACCUCCACAGUGGCGGCUGUCACUUGGGCACGUUUGCUCACAAGCUAGAUUCUCUGCCCCCAGGCCUGAGAUCUUUCUUACUUGGUUGGGUGGGGACGAGGCCCAGGAGCCCCUGGUUGGAGAAGCCCCCAUCGAUGCAGACAAGCGGACCUCCUCGAGGCCACCCCACUCCUCCUCUGCACCUUCUUUCCUGGUUCUGAGCGCACCUGUUCUUGUAGGGCGGGGCUGGGGAGGAGGGCGUGGGCAAAGCACUGGGGGAGGUGCCGGGGUUGGGGCCCAACAGGGACGCUCUUGGCUCUAGAAGUCCGGGGUCUCCCCCAAGGUCUGGCUUCCGAAAGAAGUCGGGGGGCGGCAGGUGCUUCCCUGUGUGCACCGGGCCCCGAUGCCCUCCUGGUCCGGUCCCCGCCACUCGCAGCUGUGUACGGUUUAAUCAUUUCUUUGUAUUUGCUGAAACACAGAAGAACAGCCACAAGAGGCCAGGGUUUGUAGCCCGCCCGCCAUGGUGCUCUCUAGGGAACCGGAGCCCAGUUUUCCUGACAGCAGUUUGGAUGAAACCUGUUUCACUGCAAUACAACUUUUAUUUACCAAAUGUGAGGGGAGAAACUGGUCAUUAAGCUGAUAAAAAUGUUUAAUAAACUGUGUAACUUCUGUAUGUAUAUACACGUGCUGGACAAAGACUCGGUGGCUUCGGCCUCGCCCCCUGGUGUAAGCACUGGGCCGAGGUCGGUCACGUGUGCCCAGUGGCCGGAGCUCGGGCCAGGCCCGCUGGGGGAGCUGUGCUUGUGGCACGGUUUCCACGAAGCAGCGUGACUCCCGUAAACGGAGUGAAGGAGCCGCUUGUCUGCACCAUCUCACACAAGGUCCCGCCUCUCGGGGGGAGGUGCUACUGAGGCGUGGGUGGAGCCGAGUAGCCCUUUCCCGUGGACUGCCCUGCAGGUCUCCGGACAUUCAGCGCCGUUUCAGGCCUCUCCCCACCACACGCUGGGACCACCAAGAACCGUCUCCAGGCGUGGUGUCCACCUCCCAGGAGGCAGAAUCACCCCGACCGUGACUCGCUGUGACCCGCUGCACCGGCGACGCACAGCCUAAGCGCACAGCCUCUGCCCAGAGCAACGGCCGAGGCUGCCGCUCUCUGCACAGGAGUGUUGCUCGGGCGCUUGGAGGCAGAAGUGACGCUUCAUCGGAGAAAUAUUUCAAUUGCUGAAAAAGAAGUUUGUGUUGCUAUUUAGCCACAUUGCCAUCUUGAAACUAAGCAGAGUGCGGGGCUUGAAAGACGCCCUUUUCGAGGGUGCGUUUGGUAAAUGGCCUUCAGGCCGGAUUUUCCCACCACCUCGAGCUCCUCCCUUUGAAAGCAGUUUGGGAAGGAUGCGGAGAGGCGACCCUCGUGUUGUCCAUUUCGGCAGGGAAACGAGAACUUCCGGCAGAGAUUUUCUUCCAGCUGGCACUGCUGUUUUUAUAAAAUAGUCAAAAUUACUUGUGAACUGUGAAGAGUGAAGAAAACGAAAACCAAAGUAUCCUAAUCACACAAGUGAUUAUACUAAACGUUAUUACAAGAGGUAUAAUUUUAUACUGUAUUUAUUCCGACACACAGCAAUAAAUUCGUGUAGGAAAAUCUCAUAAAUUAAGACGUUAUUCAACAGACACCAGGAUUCCUGGAAGGAAUCUCCUUGUCCGUCUGUGCUGUUUCCGUUUGCACACACAAGAUACUUGUACACACGACAGGUGAGGAUGAUGGCCUUCACGGACCCGCUGUAAUCGAUCUGAAACACUGACCUUCCAGAGGUAAAUGCAAACAUAGGGUGAAGUUUGAAACACAUAAAAAUGUAAACUACUUGGAAACUGAAAGAAUGAAAAUGUAGCCAUUAUGUAAAUAUAAAAAUAUGAUUUUAUAUGUGCCUGAUUCAUUUUGGAAAAGUCUAUAUAAAUGUAUAUAUUGCACAACUAUAUUAGAAUUGUAUAUUUUUAAAAGACACACUGUCUUGGGUACGUUCCUUCAGACAUAAUGUGUAAACCUGUGGUAAGAUGUAAUAAGUAUAUUGUUUUUGAUUGACUAGUUUUUGUUUUUUCUCCCCACCAAAAAUAUGAAAACGAAUGUAUGUGUGUUUGUACAUGAAGUUGUGGAGUUCACUUGAUUUCUGAGAAAUAAAAAUCGAACAGGA